AUGGACGAACAAUCUCAGAUGAGAAGGUCAACCAAGGACCUCGAGAAAGAUGGUCCUUCCCUGAUGCCCACCGAACUCGAUGAUGAAUCGACUCUUGCUGGCGGUCCUUCUGGUUUGAGGCGACAGAUCAAGAACCUCGAGCACAGCUUGGCUCACUACAAUCUCGAGGCUCGCGGUAUUCAACGCGUCAUGCCAAACGAACGUCACAGUUUGAGAAACCUGGGAUACUCUCAGGUUGGUCUUCUGUGGUUCAGUGUCAAUCUUGCCGCCAACAACAUCACCCUCGGAAUGCUCGGCCCAGCUGUUUACUACCUUUCAUUCUUGGACUGUUCUCUGUGUGCUGUCUUCGGCAUGCUCGUUGGAUGCCUCCCAGUCGCUUACAUUGCCACUUUUGGACCUAUAAGUGGUAACAGAAGUAUGGUCUUCGCUCGCUACACCAUGGGCUGGUACCCAGCUAAACUGGUUGUUAUUCUUAACAUCAUCGUGUUGCUUGGCUACUGCUUAAUUGAUGCGGUUGUAGCUGGUCAGAUCCUCUCCGCUGUCUCGCCGCAUGGUUCACUCUCGGUCAUCGUUGGCAUCGUAAUUGUUGCUGUCCUGACUUGGGCUGUUACCAUCUUUGGCUACAGCGUCUUCCACUUCUACGAGCGUUACGCAUGGCUUCCCCAACUGGUCGUUCUUUCUCUGCUCGCUGGUGUUGCUGGACCGAAAUUUGAUCUUGAGACACCCUCCAGUGGCGAUCCUCUGACCAUAAUUGGCAACCGCCUGUCUUUCUUCAGUCUGUGCCUCUCUGCUGCUAUCACCUACGCAGGUGGAGCAGCGGACUUCUUCGUCUACUAUCCAGAGGAGACUCCUCGCUGGAAGAUCUUCUCCGUCACCAUGUGCGGUUUGGCUUUGUCAUUCACCUUCGCUUUCAUUGUCGGCAUUGGACUGGGUUCUGGUAUUGCCACCAAUGCUGCUUGGAGUGAUGCGUACAAAGUCUCGCAAGGUGCUCUUAUCGUCGAAGGGUUUGCUCCCCUAGGAAGCUUCGGUAAAUUCUGUGGAGUUAUCGUGGCUCUUGGUCUGAUUGCCAACAUGAUCGCUCCUACCUACAGUGCGGGCAUGGAUUUCCAAGUUCUUGGUCGGUGGAUGACUGUUGUGCCUCGCAUCGUUUGGAACACUCUUGGUGUCGUCAUUUAUACCGUAUGCGCCAUCGCCGGCCGUGAGAGUCUUGCAGCCAUUUUCACCAACUUCCUUGCGCUUAUGGGCUAUUGGGUGUCAAUCUGGAUUGCCAUCUGUCUUGAAGAACAGUUCAUCUUCCGUAACUGGAGAGGUCUUGGAUUCAACUGGAACUCUUGGAACGACAAGAGCAAGCUACCUAUUGGCAUUGCCGCCAUCGUUGCCUUCCUUGUUGGCUGGGCUGGAGCAAUCCUUUGCAUGGCACAGGUCUGGUAUAUUGGUCCUCUCGCCAAGCAAGUUGGAGAAUAUGGCGCCGACAAAUAG